CUGCAGCAGCGCAGCGCUCCGCAGACCUCCUGCCGCGCAUCUGGCUGCUCUGCGUUCAUCUCUCCCGCAGUCGCCCCCCCCAACAGGUGGAUAGGUCGAGCGGGUAUCGAUGGAAAACACUCCCCGGGGGGAAACUGGAUGCGCUGCGGAACCAGGGUGCGAUCCACCGGGGAAACUUCAUUUGUUUUUCCUGUCCAGGAUUUGUUGCUGGUGAGCUGAAUGCGGUGUGGACCGGUCUGCGCUUUUUUAUUUAUUUUUGGAUCUUCCCCAAAUAAGACCGGAUGGAAGUCGUGAUCAGAACUGAGCGACUGUGGAUCUACAGUAGGAGAAGUGUCCAGAAAUGAGACUAGAGUAGAACAACCACGAGGAAGAUGGACUUGCAUCAAAAGGCGCAUUAAGCAGCAGAGUCCCUGCGCACAUCCACACUGCAGUCACACAUCUGGAUGAUGCUGACUUCCAGAAGUUUGGGUUCAGUGGUUGGAUAAAGCUUUACGCUUUAUUUCAUUCGCCCUCAUGUUGUCUCUGGAUAUUUCCCAAAGGAACAACACUGAUCUCCCCGAGCGAACUUCUAAUGUCCAUCAGACCAAAGUGUGAACUCCCCCGCCUGGCCGCAGCUGUAGCAGUGUCAGCAGCCCGCUGGUGAGCUGAAGCCCAGGGAGAUGUCACAGCUCUACUAUCGGCGGACUGACAGCUCCUCGUACCGGGACCGCAUCCCGCUGAGGAUCGUGCGGGCCGAGUCGGAGCUGUCGCCUCUGGAGAAAGCCUACCUCGGAGCUGUGGAGAAGGGCGACUAUGCGAGUGUCAAACACGCUCUGGAGGAGGCAGAGAUCUACUUUAAGAUCAACAUCAACUGCAUCGACCCUCUCGGCCGCACGGCUCUGCUGAUCGCCAUCGAGAACGAGAACCUCGAGAUCAUCGAGCUCUUGCUGAGCUUCAGCGUCUACGUCGGCGAUGCCCUGCUGCACGCCAUCCGCAAGGAAGUGGUGGGAGCUGUGGAGCUGCUGCUAAAUCACAAGAAGCCCAGUGGCGGCAUGCAGGUUCCUCCCAUCUUAUUGGACAAGCAGUUCUCCGACUUCACCCCCGACAUCACUCCCAUCAUACUUGCGGCGCACACCAACAACUAUGAAAUUAUCAAGCUCCUGGUGCAGAAAGGCGUUUCAAUGCCGCAGCCGCAUGAGGUGCGCUGCAACUGCGUGGAGUGCGUGUCCAGCUCGGACGUGGACAGCUUGCGUCACUCGCGCUCUCGGCUCAACAUCUACAGGGCGCUGUCGAGUCCCUCCCUGAUCGCUCUCUCCAGCGAGGACCCCUUCCUCACUGCGUUCAGGCUCAGCUGGGAGCUGCAGGAGCUCAGCAAGGUGGAGAAUGAGUUCAAAUCCGAGUACGAGGAGCUGUCCCAGCAGUGCAAACAGUUUGCCAAGGACCUGCUGGACCAGACCAGGAGCUCCAGGGAGCUGGAGAUGAUCCUCAACUACAGAGACGACAUCAACCUGUUGGAGGAGGAGAACAACAACGACCUGGCGAGACUCAAACUAGCUAUCAAGUAUCAUCAAAAAGAGUUUGUAGCUCAGCCAAACUGCCAGCAGCUGUUGGCGUCGCGCUGGUACGACGAGUUCCCCGGCUGGAGGCGGCGACAGUGGGCUGGGAAGUUCUUCACCUGCGUCUUCAUCGGCCUCCUCUACCCCGGGUUCGCGCUCUGCUACCUCAUCGCUCCGAAGAGUCGCUACGGCCUCUUCAUCCGCAAGCCCUUCAUCAAGUUCAUCUGCCACACGGCGUCCUACCUGACCUUCCUCUUCCUGCUGCUCCUCGCCUCCCAGCACAUCGUCACCACAGAGCAGGACAGGCAGGACAGGCAGGGCCCGGCACCCACCACCGUGGAGUGGAUGAUCCUGCCCUGGGUGCUGGGAUUCAUCUGGGCCGAGAUCAAGCAAAUGUGGGAUGGUGGUUUCCAAGACUAUGUCCACGACUGGUGGAACCUGAUGGACUUUGUCAUGAACUCUCUAUACCUGGCCACCAUCUCCCUCAAGAUUGUAGCCUACACUAAGUACAGCGGCAGUAAACCCAGGAACCAGUGGGAGAUGUGGCACCCGACGCUUGUAGCUGAGGCGGUGUUUGCCAUCGCUAACAUCUUCAGCUCCCUGCGCCUGAUCUCGCUGUUCACAGCCAACUCUCAUCUGGGGCCGCUGCAGAUCUCUCUGGGGAGAAUGCUACUGGACAUCCUGAAGUUCCUCUUCAUCUACUGUCUGGUCCUGCUGGCCUUUGCUAACGGGCUGAACCAGCUCUACUUUUACUACGAGACCAAGGCUUCGGACGAGAAGGGGAAAUGUAAGGGCAUCCGCUGUGUGGAGCAGAAUAACGCUUUCUCCACGUUGUUUGAGACCCUGCAGUCUCUCUUCUGGUCGAUCUUCGGCCUGAUCAGCCUCUACGUCACCAACGUGGACGCCGACCACCAGUUCACCGAGUUUGUCGGCGCCACCAUGUUUGGAACCUACAACAUCAUUUCACUGGUGGUGCUCCUCAACAUGCUCAUCGCCAUGAUGAACAACUCCUAUCAGCACAUCGCUGACCACGCAGACAUUGAGUGGAAGUUCGCCAGGACGAAGCUGUGGAUGAGCUACUUUGAGGAAGGGGCCACGCUGCCGGCCCCGUUCAACAUCAUCCCCAGCCCCAAGUCCUUCCUGUACCUCAUAUGUUGGAUUAAGAGGCAAGUGUGCAAGAGGACCAACUCCAAGCGGCCCGACACCUUUGGAUCUCUCGGAAGGCGAGCAGCGGAGAAUCUGAGGAUAAACCAUCAAUAUCAGGAGGUGCUGAGGAAUUUGGUGAAACGUUACGUGGCCGCAAUGAUCCGAGACGCUAAGACAGAGGAAGGCCUGACUGAGGAGAACUUCAAGGAGCUGAAACAAGAUAUCUCAAGCUUCCGUUACGAGGUGAUGGGCAUGAUGAAGACGGGGAAGCCCGCCCUGCAGGGGGCGAAGGCCAGCGGCAGCUCGGUGGAAUCCAGCCUCGCUUACCCUAACUCCUCGCUCAAGGUUUCCCCCGGCCCUCAGAGCAGCCAGGCCAAAAGCAAAAGCAACAGAUUCAAGAUCACCGCCUCCAUCCUCAAGAUGGGCAGCUCCACAGCGUCACCCCGGCCGCCAGAGGUCUUCAACGGUCUGCCUAACGGACUCCUGCCCCUGGAGCCCGAUGAGAGCCCCGGUGACAAGUCAGGCCAGAGGAGGAACUUCCCCAAAGAUAUCACCGACUUUGGCUUGUUUCAGAAACGCCACCGCAACGAAGCCACAUCGGGCGCAGAAGAGACUUCCAGGAAGAUGUACUCUUUAUCAGAGGAAGCAGGGGAGUCUGGGGGCUCGGACGCAGAGGAGCGGGACAAAGAGCGAACGGCCGGAGGCGAGGAGGAGACAAAGCUCUCAGGGGGAGAAAUGGCGGAGGAGGCUGCGGUGACAGCGGCAGACAUCGAGGAUGGCGAGGUCUCAAAUACCAAGUACGGCUCGGAGGAAGACAAGGAAAAAUGAAUUGAGAUAAAGACGGUUGAUCCUUCAUCGACCCGGUAGCUGAGGGAUGUUUGACAGGAACAUUAUAACAGGCCACGUUACGAUGGACUGGAGUGAGACUGACAAUCAAUGUGAGCUUUAAGUGACGAGCGCUGGUUCAGAAACGUGCGUGAUACUCGCAACGAGUCUAACUUUUCCAGUAAUCACCACACUAAUGAUCAGCUUUGAUCUAUGGAGACUCAGGGAGGCCUUUGGUUUCAGAGUUUUAAAACGCCGUUAAAUCGGCAGCGAAGGUAAAUGAAGCGUUUGCGAGGAUUUAGAUUUCAGGAUAAAGUCAUUUCAUCUUAUCUCUUCCCUAAUUAGAAAGUAAUUCUUUCCUGAAACUGAAGAUGUCCUGUUUUCUUUGACCUCCUCUCUCUCCCUUACCCUUCCCCGACAUGUGUCCGUCAUUCCAUCAUUCACUGUACGAGCACUCUCUCCUUCAUCUCUCUCUCUCUACCUCUUCUCCUCUCCUGUUUAUCUCUACGCCCGCUUCAUCUCUUCCCCUCCUUUAUCUCGCCGGAGCAAUAGAUAUGUUCACUUCUUCACCCGACUCUCUGCCUUAUUCUGUCUGUUUCUGCACUUUACACACUUUACUCUGGCGAACAGUGUGUCGAGCUCCGACCAUGCAACAGCUCUGUCGAUGUUUUUCUAUGCAAAGAAUCCCAGGGAGGGUGACGAGGACGAGGGUUUGACAGUGGUCGAGUGUGGUCGGCUGCUGGUGGAACGGUAAUGGGAGAUAAUAUCAAUAUGAACACAGGCUAUCAACCAUUAAAAGCAGCAUAUUAUUCAUGUUUUAUCACUCCUACAGAAAAUCUACCAGUUCUUUUGAAAAGUUUAGCUGUUUUCUAAAAAAGGUUCCUUUUAGAUGUAAUGUUAGUUCGUACGACGGAUGUUCUAGAGACUGAAACAAAACCGAAAUAACCGAAAAGUUCACUAUUUAUUCUGCUUUUUCUUUGUUGCUUCAAACACGAUAUGACGUUUUCCUGUUGGGACGAAGACAGACGGCAUCUCCAAGGCUUCUUUUGUUGUCUUUUAAUUACUCAUUUCUUAAAGGUACAAGUGCAAAUCAUAAAACACAACUACAAAUAAGCCUAAUAAAAAAACAAAAACACA